GCUGUUUCUUUGCUUCUUCUGGAUCGCGGUCCAAAAUGAGGUUAGUGAGGUACCUGCGACGGGCCGUGUCGGCCAGCCCGGGCCCCGGCCCAGGUCCCAGCCCAAAUCCGGGUUCUGGUGCCGGCCCCGAACGCAGCGUCCCGGGCCCGGUGGAUUUCUACUCGCGCUUCUCCCCGUCCCCGCUCUCCAUGAAACAGUUUCUGGACUUCGGAUCUGUGAAUGCAUGUGAAAAGACCUCAUUUAUGUUUUUGCGGCAAGAGUUGCCAGUGCGAUUGGCAAACAUAAUGAAAGAAAUAAGUCUUCUUCCAGAUAAUCUUCUAAGAACACCUUCAGUUCAACUGGUACAGAGCUGGUAUAUUCAGAGUCUACAAGAACUCCUUUAUUUUAAAAAUAAAAGUGCUGAAGAUGCUAAAGCUGUUUAUGAUUUUACAGACACUGUGAUAAGAAUCCGAAAUCGACAUAAUGAUGUCAUUCCUACCAUGGCUCAGGGUGUGAUUGAAUACAAGGAAAGCUUUGGUGUGGAUCCAGUGACUAGCCAGAAUGUCCAGUAUUUUUUGGAUCGUUUUUACAUGAGUCGCAUUUCAAUCAGAAUGCUACUUAAUCAGCACUCCUUACUAUUUGGUGGAAAAGGAAAAGGAAGUUCAACUCACCGAAAACACAUUGGAAGCAUUAAUCCAAAUUGUAAUGUCGUCGAAGUUAUUAAAGAUGGCUAUGAAAAUGCAAAGCGUCUUUGUGAUUUGUAUUAUGUUAAUUCUCCGGAACUAGAACUUGAAGAAUUAAAUGCAAAAUCACCAGGACAACCAAUGCAAGUGGUUUAUGUACCAUCACAUCUCUAUCACAUGGUGUUUGAACUUUUCAAGAAUGCAAUGAGAGCAACUAUGGAACACCAUGCUGACAAAGGUGUUUACCCUCCUAUUCAGGUUCAUGUAACACUGGGUAAUGAGGACUUGACUGUGAAGAUGAGUGAUCGUGGAGGUGGUGUUCCUUUGAGGAAAAUUGAUAGACUUUUCAACUACAUGUAUUCAACUGCACCCCGACCUCGUGUUGAGACAUCUCGAGCUGUGCCCCUGGCUGGUUUUGGUUAUGGAUUGCCAAUAUCUCGGCUUUAUGCACAGUACUUUCAAGGAGACCUGAAAUUGUAUUCCUUAGAAGGUUAUGGGACAGAUGCUGUUAUUUACAUUAAGGCCCUAUCAACAGAGUCAGUGGAGAGGCUCCCAGUGUAUAAUAAAGCUGCUUGGAAACAUUAUAAUACCAAUCAUGAGGCAGAUGACUGGUGUGUGCCAAGCAGUGAACCAAAGGACAUGACCACAUUUCGCAGUGUAUAACUGCAUCUGUCACCUGAAAAAAAACCCAACAGAAAAGGUUUCUAGUAUUAUAUUUGAAAGCGACUUUAAAAAACUGUUACGCCAAAUAUUUCACAUCUGAUUUUCAUACUUGUUGACUGGGUGGAAUAAAUGGAAACUGAAAUUCAUAGCUAUCUUUCUGACCUCCAAAAGCAUUGAAUUGUACCAUUUAGCUGUAAGAAGAAAGAAAAUUUUGGUUACUAUGUACAUUUACUUUUAACUACUGCAAAUGUGGCUAACGUGUUUUACUUCCUUUUCACUGGACUUCAGGGACAAGAUUUCAGGUAUAGAACUCUUUAGGUUCCUCAUGGGACCCGUGCAAUUUAUCUUAUAUCUUUCACUUAUAUCUAUUAAAAGCAUUUCCCUAGUUGUACUAAUUAAUUAUUGGUUAACUAGCUUUUUAUUGUCUGGAGAAAUUUUGCCAUGCUUUAAUUCUACUCAGGAAGGAGAGUAAUCAAAAUUGUUUUCACAUUAAUCAAUAACUGCCUAUUGGUUACACAUAUGAAGGCAGAAAAUUAUUACCCUAUGGGUUUAAUGCCACCUGCUAUUCAUAUUUUCAACAUAUAGUUGACUAG